GCCCCACAGACCAAAAGACACUCUCCUUUUGUUUAUCUCUCUAUCUUCACUUACUUUGCUUUGAUCCGCCAUGGCUACGAAACUCGAAAGCUCCUUAAUCUUUGCCCUUUUGUCCAAAUGCAGCGUUCUAAGCCAAACUAACCUCGCUUUCUCUCUCCUCGCCGUUACAAUCAUCUGGCUCGCCAUCUCUCUCUUCUUCUGGACCUAUCCCGGUGGACCUGCUUGGGGUAAAUUCCUCUUCCGUCGGUUUACAUCCGGUUCAUACAAAACCGGAAACGUUAUUCCCGGUCCAAGAGGCUUACCUUUGGUUGGAAGCAUGUCACUCAUGUCAAGCACUCUAGCUCACCGACGAAUCGCUGAUGUUGCAGAGAAAUUCGGAGCCAAGAGGCUCAUGGCUUUCAGCUUAGGAGAGACUCGCGUGAUCGUCACGUGCAAUCCCGACGUCGCGAAAGAGAUUCUGAAUAGCCCGGUUUUUGCUGACCGACCGGUUAAAGAAUCGGCUUACUCUCUGAUGUUUAACAGAGCAAUUGGUUUUGCACCACACGGUGUUUACUGGCGAACGCUUCGCCGUAUCGCUUCGAACCAUCUCUUUAGUCCAAAACAAAUCAGACGAGCCGAGACGCAGCGGCGGGAAAUCGCUAGCCAGAUGGUUGGGUUUCUUGGAAAACAGAGUACUAGUAACGGACUCUGUUUUGUUCGUGAGUUGCUUAAAACGGCGUCGCUUAACAACAUGAUGUGCUCUGUUUUCGGACAAGAGUAUGAGCUUGAACAAAACCAUGUUGAGUUACGUGAAUUGGUCGAAGAAGGUUAUGAUUUACUCGGAACAUUGAAUUGGACCGAUCAUCUUCCUUGGCUAUUUGAAUUUGAUCCUCAGAGAAUCCGGUCUAGAUGUUCCACACUCGUACCGAAGGUAAACCGGUUUGUAUCCCGGAUUAUAUCCGAACACCGUCAUCAAACCGGUGAUUCGCCUCGUGAUUUCGUCGACGUUUUGCUCUCCCUCCAUGGUUCAGAUAAAUUAUCCGACCCGGACAUAAUCGCCGUUCUUUGGGAGAUGAUAUUCAGAGGAACAGACACAGUUGCGGUUUUAAUUGAGUGGGUCCUUGCUAGGAUGGUCCUUCAUCCAGAUAUUCAAUCAACGGUACAAAACGAGCUAGAUCAAAUAGUCGGAAAAUCAAGAGCCGUAGAUGAAUCUGACUUGGCCUCACUUCCAUAUCUAACGGCUGUGGUGAAAGAAGUAUUGAGGCUUCAUCCUCCAGGCCCACUUCUAUCAUGGGCCCGUUUGGCCAUAACAGACACGAUCGUUGAUGGUCGUCUUGUUCCGGCAGGGACCACAGCAAUGGUGAACAUGUGGGCCGUAUCGCAUGAUCCACACGUGUGGGUUGAUCCUUUGGAGUUUAAACCUGAGAGGUUCGUGGCAAAACAAGGUGAGGUGGAGUUUUCGGUUCUCGGGUCGGAUUUGAGACUUGCACCGUUCGGGUCGGGUCGUCGGGUUUGCCCCGGGAAGAAUCUUGGUUUGACUACCGUUACGUUUUGGACGGCGACGUUGUUACAUGAGUUUGAAUGGGGACCGUCCGAUGGGAACGGCGUUGACUUAUCAGAGAAACUGAGGCUUUCUUGUGAGAUGGCUAAUCCUCUUGCUGCUAAAUUGCGUCGUAGGCGCAGUUAAGAAAAAAGGCUUAUAAGAAAGUUAAAAGAUUUUAAUUAAGCAGCUUUUCGUUUUAUUAGAAGUUUAGAACUAACAUUUUGGAGAGUGAUGUGUUUUUGUUUUUUUUUUUCUUUAUUUAUGCUUGUGUGUUGUGAGUCUGAGAUGAGAGUGAUGUGUUUUUACUUUUUAGGUUGUAAAUACAUGAAAAGUACUUUA